AUGAGCGAAGACGACAUCAUCCUCAAGGCCAACGGCAUGACCAAGCAGUUCGCCGGCUUUUUUGCCGUCAAGGACGUCGAUCUCAGCGUCCGGCGCGGCUCGAUCCAUGCCCUGAUCGGGCCCAAUGGCGCCGGCAAGACCACCUGCUUUAACCUGCUGACCAAGUUCCUCCAGCCCACCGCCGGAACCAUAACCUUCGACGGAAGGGACAUCACCACGAUGCAGUCCUCCGACAUCGCGCGGAUGGGCAUGGUGCGCUCGUUCCAGAUUUCGGCGGUGUUUCCCAAACUCACGGUGCUCGAAAAUGUUCGCGUGGCUCUCCAGCGCCGGCGCGGCGACAGCUUCGAUUUCUGGCGCAGCCAGACAGUGCUCAAUCAGUUCGACGAGGAAGCUCGCCACCGCGUCGAUGAAGUCGGUUUGAGCGGCUUUGCCGAUCAAACCGCCGACGAAUUGUCCUAUGGCCGCAAGCGGGCCCUCGAGAUUGCAACGACCCUCGCUCUCGAACCGCAAAUGCUGCUGCUCGACGAACCCAUGGCCGGCAUGGCCCAGCAGGACGUCGAGCGCAUCUCGGCCCUCAUCAAGCGCAUUUCGGCCAAUCGCACCACGCUGAUGGUCGAGCAUAACCUCUCGGUGGUUGCCGAUCUGUCCGAUACCAUAACUGUCCUGGCGCGAGGGCAGGUUCUGGCCGAGGGCCCCUAUGAGACCGUCUCGAAAGACCCACGGGUUAUCGAAGCCUAUAUCGGAGUCGGCUGGUAUGGCGAAAGCCAUGUCCUGCACGGCAUCGAAUUCGACGUUGCCCCCGGAGAGGUCGUGACGCUUUUGGGCCGUAACGGCGCCGGCAAGACCACAACGCUCAAGGCGAUCAUGGGCAUUCUGGGCAAGCGCAAGGGCUCGAUCCGGUUCGAAGGCAAGGAGUUGAUCGGCGCCCCUUCGCGCACCAUCGCCAAGGCGGGCAUCGCGCUCUGCCCCGAGGAGCGGGCUAUCUUUUCGUCCCUCUCGGUCGAUGAAAACCUGAUGCUGCCCCCGGUCGUCAAACCCGGCGGCAUGGCGCUCGAUACGAUCUUUGAGAUGUUCCCCAACCUCAAGGAACGCCUCAACAGCCAGGGCACCAAGCUUUCUG